AUGCCAUAUUAUGCAGUAGCCAAGGGGAGAAAUACAGGUGUUUAUACGAACUGGAAUGAUUGUAAGGAUCAAGUCAAUGGGUAUAGUGGUGCUUCUUUUAAAAAGUUUAGUACUGCUUCUGAAGCUAGGUCGUUUGCUUCUAGGAGUGCGAGUACUUCUGGGUCAUCUUCGUAUGGUGGUGGCUCUUUCAGCUCAAGCUCGAAAGUAUUAAAGCCAUCUCACCCCCAAUCCUCCUCAUCAUCAUCAUCUUCUUCUUCUUCUUCUUCAUCUCAUCACACCACUUCAUCCUCACCCACUAUAAGGACUUCAAGAAUCUAUGUUGAUGGAGCAUCAAGAGGCAACGGUCGGUCCAAGUCAGCUGCUUCUGGGUAUGGUGUCUACUAUGGUCCUAAUGACUCGCGUAAUGCAGCAGUUGGAUUACACGAAGUCGACAAUAUCAACAAACACGCGCCCACCAACCAACGAGCAGAAUUGCACGCCAUGAAACACGCUUUAACUAACAUCAAACGAGAUUUGAAAACGGGCAAAUCAGAUUCAACCAAGUAUGACAUCUACAGUGAUUCGAGAUAUGCCAUUCAGUCCAUCAAUGAAUGGUCAUUCAAUUGGCAAAAAAAUGGAUGGAAGACUGCCAAUGGGAGUGCUGUUGCUAAUGCCGAAUUGAUUAGAGAUGCAGUUCAAUUGAAGAAUGAUAUUAAUCAGUUGUAUCAGGCUAAGAACUGGCAACCACUUGAGUUUCAUCAUGUCAAGGGUCAUUCUGGUGAUGUGGGGAAUGAAGCUGCUGAUCGGUUGGCUAAUCAAGGUGCUGAUAAAAUGGAAAAGUAA